CAUUCCGCACAACAACAAGGCCCGUCUGCCCGAUUAAUGAUUCAUUAUCAUCUUUCUCCCUUUCUCAGGAUUUUAUCCACUUCCUCCGAUAGAAACAACUGCUUCACCCGUGAAAGUCAUGGUUGAUCCUCCGUACAAAAAUUUCAUUCUAUAUCAAGCGGACAAGUGCCGCACGUCUUCGGACACGAUUUCCGCACUCUCUUUCCAAAAGACUUUCUUCUACAAAAUUUCUUGAUUUUUUUCUUUGAGGCUAUCCAGUCACAGUUUUUGCUUUCUCUACCUUUGAAACGAAAGCUCGGAUCGUCUUGGCAAUCGAUUUGAUCAUUGUUAUCCUCAAUUUCAUUGUUGUCUUCUUCGGGAUCUUCGUCACUUUGUUCGUUUUCUUCUUCCACUUCGAUAUUAUUGUAGUCUUCAUUUUCAUUCUCAUUAUCCACUUCGUUGUUCUGUUCGUCAUUUUGUUCAUUGUCAUUGUUUUCAUUUACGGGCGGUGCUUCGAUUAUAUCAAGAUUACAGCAGUCUGGUCCACUCUUCUCCUUGAUGACACUACAUAGAUUUGCAGAGAGGACUCCUUGAGAGGCGCCAUAAUAUAGGAUUUCGCAAUUAUAUCGACCGCAGCAGCCAGUGUCGGUAAGCUUAUUUUUGUUGGGUUGCGGAACGAACUCAAAAUCGAAAUCAGGAUUCCCGCACAGAUUGCACACAGGAUUCAAAUCCUUCACGUCGUCAUUGGGCGACGGAAUAUCAGGUCCAUCGCAAUCACAAUGCUUCCAGGCAAGGUACUGUGUCAGUUCGCAAUAUCUUGUUUCUUCCAGACUUCCACCAGACAAUCUAACGUCCUGUACCCAUUCUUGUACUUCACCACACGAGACUGUGAGUCCAUUCGAUUGGGUAAAUGUUUUGCCUGGAUUUGUCAGGACUCUCUCACCUGUGGGAGGAUCCCGACAUAUGUUACCUGAAUCAAAGUAGAAGUAAUGAAUAGUAAUAAGCAUUAUUAGCUGAAUAAGUUCCUUUUCAUCGAUUCCGAAACAAUUUGACAAUGGAGCUUACACGCAUAAUCAUUUCCUUCUAAAGGGGUACCUUCGCAAUGGUACACCUGUCGAAAAUAUAUGAUUAAAUAAACACAUCCAAGCAGCCAACAAUUUGGAUGACCGUAGAAUAGCAUUCUAUUGAUUUUUUUGUAAUAUUCAAAUGGAGUAUUUGAUGCUGUAAAAUCUUGAAAACGACAAUUUCUCUGAUUUCAAAGUUAUAUCAACAAAUAGUGUGAGUCCAACUCGGAAAAGAAUAAGAAAAUUCCCUUCAAUAGGCAAUUGCAAAUGAUUUUAUGUUAUUUUAGGCUAGAGAAUGAAGAGUCGUUUUGCGAAUCGGUACUUGAAAACCUCUACUGUAAGCCUCCUAGUAAGAAUGUCCGAAAUUAUUAUGCUGUAAGUACUGGUACGUACUGGUACGAGUAACUGCCAUGGUGACUGAAUUCAAGGGCUCCAGACAUUUUGGAAGAUCAACAAGAUUGGUUCUAUUUUUAAGAGUGAUACUCAAAUAAUCCUGAUCCUACAUAAGUGAAAUAAAUCGUUCGAAUGCAUGUUUGAACAUGAAACAAAUUACUGCACCAUCUUGGAUGAAAAAUGAAUUUACAACAUCGUAGUAGUGUAUUGAAAAAAAUUGAAAUACUGUAGUAUGAAUGAUAUCACUAUUAUUUUCUCGAAAUUAUUUAGACAAGUGCGAUGAAUUUUCUCUUCACAAUUUGACUCUGGAAUGUACAUUUUCACCAGAUUAAGAUCUCUCUUCUUAUUUUCCAUAAAAUUGAAUACACCAAAUUUCUCCUGAGAUUCCAUCAUGUGACUCUGUCUCAAUUGAAUCCGAUCAGUUGGGACCCCACCAUGAGUGCUAUAAGAACUCCGAAUGACGACUGGAUAAUCGAAGCAUCGGAGUCUUGGGUGUCAGAUUCUUUGGUUUCAUAGUCUUCAUUGACGGAGUCUUUGGUGUCGGAGUCUUGGGUGUCAGAGUCUAGGACAUUGCACUGCUGGUUUUCUGGCACACCAAAUCCUUCGAGAAGACCUUUCAUAGUUUGGAUUUGACUGUUCUGAACGUUAAUGAUGGAGCGAACGAUUGGCUCCAGCAAACAGGCAGGGUCCUCUUCGUCAUCCGGGUCGUCGCAAUCAACCUCGCCUGAGAUGAAAAGAGUUUUGGCCAUAUUGACGGCAUUUUCGUGAUGAGGAAUCAUUUCACGAAGGAAAAGGAUAACAUCGUUCAUUCGAUCAUCCUUGCCCUUGUCUCCAUAAAAAACCGUCAUUUCACUAAGCAUUGCACAGUCCAUGCUGUUAAUGCAAUUAGCCAUUACUCCGAUGCCACCGACUGCAUCAGAGCAAACAAAAUUUUCAGGGCAUUGGGGGUUCUUAGAUGUUUGGUACUUUUCAAGACCAUAAGUUCCACACUCUGCAUCAUACAAUGACACACAGCUGUAGUCGUAAGGAAUUUCGGGAGUGUUGGUUUCGCUCAACAUUGAUCCAUCAGGUCGAAUCAACUUGAUUCGAGCACUCAUCCCAGAGUGGAUCUGUGCACCAAAAACGGGGAAUGUUGUUAGUUUUUUCGAAUAUAUUUACAGUUGAUGAGGCAAUUCCAAAGACGGAAAUGGCGCAAAGUAAUGUUUACGUACGUGGCAGAAGUAGAAAAUAUCCUUAUCAUAAUUCUCAUCAUCGAAUGUGAGGCUUGUGACAAAGGGUACCAUUUCUUCCCAGCCACCAAGAGGAUAGAAAAAGAGAGGUUCAACGGCAUCCAAUCCAAAAUCAUCGGAACCGCCUUCAGGAAUAGGAACAAGACUAGGGGUGUUACUAUAUACUCCGGUAUACUCGUCGUCUUUCCAGUACAUUGGUGCUGGGCAGCUGUUGGUUUCAGCGCAGUCCGAAUUGCCGGGGGCGAUACCGGGUUCCAAUUCAUCAACACCUACAUGUGCACCAUCAGCCUCGUAGCUAAACCCGAUCAAGUGGUACCAGUUGGAUUUAUCACUUUGAUCAAAAAGAUAAGUUCUUUCAACUUCCAAGUGAAGUGUAGGGUUGACUCCAUCGCAGCCCUCAACGGUAAAAUACCCCCACUCUCCUGCAAGAAGAUUUACACCCAUGCGAAUAACACAGGCACCAGUAGUGCCUUCGCAAGGGCGGCAGUCGACACCGUGAACAAAAGCGCAUGCGCUUUGGCUCUGCUCCUCAGCUGUCACUCGGUGAGUUUGUUCUUGCAUAAAAUCAGGCUCAACAAGGCGGCGUGACGGGAGAACAUCUCUAUCCAUGGUGAAAUCUACAUCACAAUUUUCAUAUUCGCCCGCACCAAGUAGGUCAAGAGCUGCUCUCAUAUCCAUGAUCUGAGAGUUUUGGACAUUAAUAAUAUCGUAGAGGAUAGGGGAUAGCUCGCAUUCCCAAGAUUCUUCUUCGACACAGAUCACAUCGUGUGUAUGCAACAGGGACUUCGCCAUAUUCACAGCAUUUUGGUGGUGCGGGAUCAUUUGGUGACAGAAAAGAGCUGAUUGCCCCACAGCAUUUGUAGUCAUGGAAGCCAUCAUGUGGCAGUUCAUCGCUUGGACACAUUCCGAGUAUUGGGUUUGUGGCUCGAUACCAUCUUCGCAAACGAAAAUAUCGGGGCAUGUGUCGAUAUCUUUCGGGUUAGCGAAGUCAGUGAGAUUGAAUGUACCACAUUCGUAAUCAAAUGCAUCGAUUACGUCAUAUUCGUAAGGUAUUUCGGGAGUGUCUUCGGGGUUCAACAUUUCGCCGUUGGCGUCAAGAAGUUUGAUGCGAGCACUCAUUCCUGCAUGGAUAUGGCAAAAGUAAAAGAUAUCUUGAUCAUAGUUGACGUCGAAAUUCAAUGCGGUGACGAAUGGACCAAGUUCUUCCCAAUCGCCGAGAGGAUAGAAAUAGAGUGGUUCGACUGCAUCAAGACCGAAAUCAUCAGAGGGCUCUUCAGGGAUUGGAACAAGGCUCGGAAUAUUGCUAUACACGCCAGUGUACUCUCCUCCCUUCCAAUACAUAGGUGCAGGGCAGCUGAGAGUUUCGGUACAGUUCGAAUUCCCGGGUGCAAUACCGGGUUCCAGCUCAUCGACAGGAACGUGGGCUCCAUCAGCCUCGUCUUUUAUCAGAGUAAGUGAAACAGAAACGAAAGAUAAGGUGAGGCGAAAUCAGAUACAGGGAGGAAAGCCACGAUUCGCGCCUCCGAUCAUUUUGCAUCGAUUCAUUCAGUUGACUUACAAGCAAAGCCGAUUAAAUGGUACCAGUUGGAGGCAUGGCUCUGAUCGAACAAAUAAGUUCGCCCGACAGUCAGGUGUAAUGUAGGGUUGACACCUUCACAGCCCUCGACUUCAAAGUAGCCUGCAACGUGUAAAUAUAAGUUCGUUGCAAUUAAAUAUAAAUUGUAUAAAGUU